GAUGGCUCUCUUCUGCCAAGUGGCGGUGCUUGUUUCUGCAUUAAAUAGGGCCUGCUUCUGUGUAUGUACAACUCUACUAGAGAAGAGGUAGAGGUAGAGAUAAAGAAUGGCACAUACGACGUUUACGCCGGAAGGUCAGAUGACGGAGUCGUUUCGGCUCUGGAGCGGCCACAAAAUCCCGGCCGUUGGACUCGGCACUUGGCAAUCUGGCUCUCAAGCCUCCCACGCCGUUUUCACUGCACUCGUCGAGGGUGGUUAUAGGCACAUUGAUACUGCUUGGGAAUAUGGUGAUCAGAAUGAGGUCGGUGAAGGGAUGAAGAGGGCUAUGCACGCUGGUAUUGAGAGGAGGGACCUCUUCGUCACCUCCAAGCUUUGGUGUACAGAGUUAUCACCUGAGAGAGUGCGUCCUGCUCUGCAGAAUACCCUUCAAGAGCUUCAGUUAGACUACCUUGAUCUUUACCUGAUUCACUGGCCUUUCCGACUAAGAGAAGGAGCCAGUAAGCCACCAAAGGCAGGGGACGUCCUUGAGUUUGACAUGGAAGGUGUUUGGAGAGAAAUGGAGAAGCUUGUCAAGGAUAAUCUUGUCAGGAGCAUUGGCGUUUGUAACUUCUCCCUCACUAAGCUCAAUAAGCUGCUAGGGUUCGCUGAACUGAUCCCUUCCGUUUGUCAGAUGGAAAUGCAUCCUGGUUGGAGAAAUGACCAAAUGCUCCAACUCUGUAAAAUGAGUGGUAUCCAUGUUACAGCCUAUUCGCCGCUGGGAUCUCAAGAAGGCGGCAGAGAUCUGAUACACGAUCAGACAGUGGAUAGGAUAGCCAAGAAGCUGAACAAGACCCCUGGUCAGGUACUAGUGAAAUGGGGUCUACAGAGAGGAACAAGUGUCAUCCCCAAGUCGUCGAAUCCAGAGAGGAUCAAGGAGAACAUCAAAGUUUUUGACUGGGUGAUCCCUGACCAAGACUUUGAUGCUCUCAGCAGUAUCAGUGACCAGAAACGAGUGAUGGACGGUGAAGAUAUAUUCGUCAACAAGAGCCAAGGUCCAUUCCGUAGCGUGGCAGAUCUAUGGGACAAUGAAGACUAAUCAGAUAAGGUGGUCCUUAUGUAAAACGAGUUUGUUGGUCAAAAGAUCAAUCAAUGUAUAAUGUGUGUGAUAUAAAUAAAAUAAAAACACAAAGGAGUUUUCUCACAUUUUCCUAAAGAAAAACAUUGUUAAGCUAUUAAACCCUCAUCGACAAAAGAAGAGAGCUGCUGUUGUACGGCUAAAACAGAUG